UAAUGAGCACUUAAGUAGCAUUCGCAGUUUAAUUUUUCCAGUGCAUAGGUCUUCAGAAAAAGAAACGUAUUUUAAAUUUAAAAUGUACGAUUUUCAGGUACUCUCCGUCGUUGCUGUGACUGCGCUGGCCGCAGCUGUUACUGCCUAUCCAGGGUACGCUCACCACGGAUUCUACCCAUCAGCUCUCGCGCACGGACAUGAGGACUAUCACGCUCCAGCACACUACAAGUUCAACUACGCAGUGCACGACCCCCAUACCGGUGACGUCAAGAACCAAUGGGAGUCCCGAGAUGGUGACGUUGUGAAGGGCUCCUACAGCCUGGUUCAGCCUGACGGAGCCACCCGCACAGUCGAGUACACUGCAGACAAGCAUAACGGGUUCAGCGCCAUCGUUAAGACGGCAGGAGGACAUACUAAACCCGAAAUCACUUUCCACGGUGCUGGUGGCUUCCUAUAACUCACUCUGGACUGUCACGUGUGAAUACUAUGAGAGAGAUUUAUAUUGUCGGUUGUGUGCAUCUUCAUCAAACAUAUGACAUGCGUUUCUGUUAACCAUAAGUUACGUUUAUUUAUUACUGAGAGAUUUGUAUUGCGUGUUCUUUUCAUUUUAG